AUGAGUGAAACCAUAAAGGCUUUAGGUAGGUUCAAAUACUUCAAAGUCCAAAAAGUCAUUUAUAAUUUCAUCAAUUGCAAGCUGUGAAUUAAAUUUGGGCUAUUGAGAUACAUUAUUAUUGAAGUAAUUGCUCAUAUUAAACUUAAUAGUAUUUUGUGAUCUGAUAUUUUUUCUUCAUAUUAAACUUAAUAGUGAUGUUAUCAUUAGAUGUUGACAUAGUAACCAGGAUUUUAACAGCUUCGAAAAAUUCAACUAUAGGUUUCUGGUAGGAAUCAAACCUGCGGCCCUGCAAUUCCGGUGCAGCACUCUAACCAACUGAGCUAUUCAACUAUUCCUUCAAGUACUGUUUAAUAAACGAGCAAGAGUGUUUUAUUAGGUUUAAAGCCACGAGCGCGCAGCGCGAGUGGCUUUAGACCUAAUAAAACACGACCUGUGAGUUUAUUACUCAUCGCCACUUGUUUUGUGUUGCCAAUCUCAAUGAUUGUUAUUGGUAAGUAGUUAGUUUUAUUCAUGAGUUCCAAUUCCAACAUCCAUGAAUUCACCAACAUCCAUGCCGGAGACCGUGCUCCAAGUCCUGUUGUGGUUAUGCAUGUUUCACUAUAUUCCUGUUUCGUUGCAAUCUGCGGGGCGACACAGAGAGAGACCAUUGAACUAUAAAUAAACUGGAAGGUUACCUCAGGGGGGGGGAUUGAAGCCAGUGGAUUUUAGUUUUUUCUGAGUUAUGAGCAGAAACACUCAACACUGAACGUUGUGCUGUAUAUGAAACUGAAGCUAUUGAAAAACGCUAUUAAUUUGGUGUAGAAAUUUCAAGACCCUAGCUAGAAGGGUAAUAUUGGAAUACUACAAAAAUAAUUGCCGAUAAUUUGCCAUUUUGCAGGUGUUUUUGUAUUUUUUAAAUAUUUUUCUUUUCGCUGAAGUCUUGAAAUUUCCACACCGAAUAGCAAUUUUCAAUAGCUUCAAUUUGAUAUAUAGCUCAAUGUUUGGGAUCAAGUAUUUCUGCUCAUAACUCAGAAAAACUAUUUUGGCUUCAUCAAAUCAUAGGCCUUCAUCAUAGCAGUUAUAGCCUUCCAGUUUAUUUAUAGUUCAAUAAGAGAAACACCGUCCUCCUCGCGCUAUACGUCAUGUUAUUCCCGCAAUAGUGAAUCAGAGAAAUACUUAAUAAUGUGUUUUAUCGUUAAAAAGGCGCCAAGUACAAAGAUGAUUGUCCUGUUGAACAUAAGAUUCCAAUCUGGUUAAUUGUAUCGGGUGUUGUGGCCUUGUUCCAAGGGUUAUUUGCUCCAGCAUUUCGUAAUGACGGGAAAUCAGAACGAACUUCUGGUCGUGGAAUUUUUCAGGCAGUUGGUCUAAUUAUCAAUAUUUUUCAAAUGGUUUGGCUCAUUAUUGGAAGUGUCUGGGUUUAUGGCAACUACGAACCAAGUUAUAAUGAAGCUGAUGGUGACAUGUUUUGUAAUGAAACAGUGUAUCUGUUUAGUUUCUGGAUCUUAAAUGUUACCUAUAUUGGCUUGUGCAUCGCUUUAUUCGUCUCCAUUGGAGUUUCCCUGUAUAAUAGAGGCCUAAGUGGAAAUAGUUCAUACUGACAUGCCGUUUACAGCGUGUGUAGAACUUGUAGAAAAUUAUUAUUUGUGUCCUACAUUAGCUAGUGUAUAACUUUUUCACUUUAUUCAUCUCCAUUGGAUGUUCUCCCUGAUGAAGAUCUGCAUGAGCGAAGUUAAUUAUAACUUGCAAUUUCUGCAUACAGUCAUCAAUUUUUAUCGGGGUCGGUUUUUCAAGGGCGUACGCGUUAACCCUCGGUUAAAAUUUAAUCUGCUGUUUUAGUUUACGUAUUUCUGCACAUCUGAUUAUUUCAAAACUUCAAAGAAGAAAACUCUUAUUGAUCCAGACAAGAUUUCUAAAUAAAUAUUUCCAAAUUUAUAAACAACGACUUUUGGGAUGUUGAAUUUUAUGUUAACCUAGGAUUAAGUUUGGGUUUGAUCAACCGGCCCCGGUUACCCUGCGAGCAGAGCCUUAUUUUCGUUUCUUCGGCGAGGGGGAAAGGAGAAAAUAAGGCUCUGCAGUAUUCGUGUUUUGCUUCCAUUGCGCAUGCUCUGUCGGUUGCCUAGUUACAGCUAUAUGAAAUUUUAGAUCUGUCUUCGCAGACGUCCGCCUUUAUUACUAGCGAAUCAAAAUUCACCAUCGUUUGAUCCGCUUAUCCGUUCAAGACUUCAAGCUCGCGCGAAAUUGUAGAAUGAUAUUAAACGUAAGGUAUUUUGAAGAUGUUAUCAAAUUUCAAACAAAACUCUCUUUAGUUUUCGUGUGUAAAUGCCAAAACUUGAUUCAUUUGCAACAAACUCGUACAAGUAUAGUUCGAUUUCGGCCAUUUCGUUUUGUUGGCUAUGUCGCUGGCUCGCAUUUAGUCAUCGGCUCACCGUCAAACUGUAGCCGCGCGCAUUAAAUACCGGAUAAACUGGUUAAACAGGUCUGCUUCGUCCAGAAUCUUGGACGAAGCAAAACACGAAUACUGCAGAGCCUUAUUUUCUCCUUUCCCCCUCGCCGAAGAAACGAAAAUAAGGCUCUGCUCGCAGGGUAGGCCCCGGUCUGAAGAUGAGUCAAACCUAGAUCAAAAUACACAGUCAAAAUUAUUAUAGACAAUAUAGUUAUGCACUGUUUAAUUUCGCAUUAUAAACUUCAAUUUGAUAUUUGUACAAACUAUCAGUUGGCAUGAGGGAAUAUAGAGAUAAUUCAUUCCAACUUGUUUACAACUUUUGAUUUUUUUCUGUUACAACUUAUUUUUGAAAAAGUGUAUUGUUUGGUUUCCGGUUGUUACGUCUACAUUUGUUUGUGUGUUUGUCCAUUUCUAUUGGACUGUUUUAGAGUUUCUCCAUAAUAGAUUUAUAAUUUGUUUGAGGAAAAUACGUGAUAAUAAUCCGGCCGCAUGUAAACAUAUUGUCACAGAGAGAGAGCUCUCACUUUACCAAAAUAGCUGGCGGUCAUGUUUUUAGCAAAUUAAAUGCCCCAAAGAUAGAGCAUUCACCCCCUGGAACAUUAAAUAACAAGAUGUUUUCAGGGGGUGGCGGCCUCCCUUUAGAGCACUUGCUAAGAACAUGACGGACUGAAAAAAUCCCUUACGGUAAAUUAACCUGAAGUGAGACCUCUGUAUGUACUUCCUCUGUGAUUUGGCACCGCAUCGUAAUUGGUCUCUCCUGUGGUUGUGCUUCAGGGGUUUUUCUCCGGGUACUCCGAUAUUCCUCCCUCUCAAAAAUCAGCAACUCAGGCUUAUAUAUGAUGCAAGAAAAAUUGAUGUAACUGUGUAGGAGGAAAUUAUUAAUGAACAAUUAUUGAAUGAGGUUGAGCGUGAUUCGAAGAAUUAUUAGGCCCGAAGUUUGUGUUAUUUGUGUUAUCAGUGAAAGAGACCUCCCACCGGGCACACGACGUUGUUUCAACGUUGAAAUUUGGUAGAAAAAAGGUUGCGACGUCGACAACCUAAUAUCUACGUUGCUCUGACGUUGUUUUACAAACAUUGGUUCAACAGCAGCCAACAGACGUUGAAUUAACGUUCAUUCAUGGUUAAAUAUACGACGUCGAUUUGUGAACCAAUCUCAACGUUGUUUUAACGUGGAUUCAACGUUGAAUUAUGGUUGACGAGAUUGGCAACCUAAUUUCAACGUUGUUUCAACGUCGAAACAGUAACGGCGAAACAGUAACGUCGAUCCAAUUUGCAUAGUCAACCCUUUUUCAACGUCUAUCCAACGUCUGGAAGGUCAUUUCCAACGUUGAUUCAACGUUGGAUAAACGUCAUUUUGCCCGCUGGGCUGUGGUUCCAAUUCGUCGGAAUAAUCAUCAGUACUUCGUCACUACUUCCCAUUUGCAGAAAAUCUUUCCUUUUUCUUUCAUAAGUACGUACGGUAAGAUGUUUCAAAACUUUGUCCCUGGCUGUUUUUGUUGAUAUUUCUUCUCACGUUGCUCGAAUGUACUAUAAAUGUACCACGUUUUCUCCCAGCGGGCCCAUAGUGUCAGUCGACAUCAUACCCAAAAUUGGACGCUCUGUGUAACACGUGAAACCACAAAGCUUUCAAUUUUUUACCAAAAGUUAGCUGUAAAAUGAGCUUGCUUCACUGGGAGAAAAUUUGCUAAGCGUUGCCAGCGUGUCUUCAUAUUUUAAAAUUUGCUUCCCUUAAUAAAAUUAAAUGAAGGUUUCGCUUCUGUAGUCUGUUGUGAUUUGCUGUAAUUUGUUUUGUUUUAAAACUUAGGGGUAUUUUUCAUAUGAUAGUUUUGCCAAACUCAGUAUAGGCACAACUACUGGCAACUAAUGCUGAAGGUUAGAGGGGCUGUGUGUGGGCAUAGACAAUCCAGAAGACAGGGACUGGAAACGCCUAAUGUUUUGCGCGUGCCAUCCGUGAUGUGCUUGCGUGACGCUUGUGCCAAUCAUGCCAUGUGAGUGAAUUACUGAAUGGCGCUUGUUGCUUCGAAAAAGAAUAAAGCGAUAGAUUGUGGACCGGUACUUGUCUGCUGUUUUACAGCUCUUUAUAUACUGGAAAAUUGUUUAAAUAAUCUACACCGAAAAGGGAGUUAGGUAUAUCACAUUGUGUGUAAAGUUUAUAAAACGGAUCUGCUAAUAUACGAGUUUUCGAGCUUGUUCAAAAUUUUGAUUUCCAAUUUGGGGUGGACUUUCAGGCACGAUUCAGGUUUGUUUGCGUAUUUUAGUUCACUUUAAUUAAGUUUACGUAUAUUUAUUCAAUUUUGCUUCACUGUAAUUACGUUAUAUAAAUUGAUUGAAGUUAUCUUUUCGAAGUUUUCCUUGAUCUACAUUUUAAAAUUUGAAUUUGGCAAUUUCGGUUUUUAAAUUAAUAUACCCUCGAAUAUACCUUCCAUUUUUAAUAUUGACAACAAAUCCUUUCUUUCUCGAAAACCCUUUUUGCUAAGGCAUCCAUUAUUUAAAAGAAAUAAAAACAAGGUUUCAGUUAUUUUAACGGUGAGUUAUGUAUGUUUAACACUCUUAACUUUCGACAAUGCCAACAAGAAUGCCAAUGGCAAUGACGACUUUUUUGCUGUCAAAAACAUUACGCAAUCAUUAAAAGGUGGUUUUUGCCUUUGUUUGACCCAAUAUAAGUUUAAAAACCGGAGAAAUGCAUCCACAUGUCUAUAUUUGUUUUAAAUAUGUAAAUUGCAAACCCUGAACUUUAUUUAAACUGUAGUUGCAGGGUUCGAAGUUAGCCGGUACAAACUUUGCCGGACAACAACAAAUGGCAAUGGCGACUUUUUUACAGUGAAAAACAUUACGGAAGCAUUCAAAGGACGUUUUUGGCUUUGUUUGACCCGAUAUAAGUUUCAAAACGGGACAAGUGCAUCCACAGGUCUAUUUUUGUUCAAAAUAUGUGAAUUACAAACUCUGAACUUUAUUUAAUUAAACUAUAGUUACAGGGUUCGAAGUGGGGGCAACAGAAAUGGCCAUCUUCUAUAGUUGGCGCAAAAGUAAUUUUGGCCGUCAAAUUUUCAGUAAACAUUUUUGGGCGAAUAAGUUACCAAAUUGAUAUAAAAAAUAGCCUAUUCGAUAGAUUACAAUCUUGUGAUUACACAUACUUUGACCAAAAGGUACAAAAAUAGUUUAUUUUUCAGUUGCAGGGUUAGUUUUGCCAGCAAGUUUUCAGAAUAAUAUGACAAUAACAAUUGCCGGCUAAUGACAUUCGUAAUUCUAUCAAUCAAAUUCAGUAAACAUUUUUGGGCGAAUAAGUUACCAAAUUGAUAUAAAAAAUAGCCUAUUCGAUAGAUUACAAUCUUAUGAUUACACAUACUUUGACCACAAAAUACAAAAAUCGUUUAUUUUUCAGUUGCAGGGUUAGUUUUGCCAGCGAGUUUUCAGAAUAAUAUGACGAUAACAAUUGCCGGCGAACAACAUUCGUAAUUCUGUCAAUCAAAUUCAGUAAACAUUUUUGGCUGAAUAUGAUACCAAAUUGAUAUAAAAAAGUAGCCUAUUCGAUAGAUUACAAUCUUGUGAUUUCAAAUGGCUUCAUCGUCAAAGACAAAACAGGUUAAGUUUGUAGUUACAGGGUUAGUUUUGGCAGUAUUUUCUGGAAAUAAUUGCUGCGUACGCGAUUUACCGAUAGCACGAUCCAAAUUUACAUUUAGCGUCACUAUAAAAUAGAAAUAAAUGAAAAUUUGGACGUAUCUACCUUUGUUAGUAUAGCCGCUCCACGACUACGAUCCCAAAAUUCAGAUAAUAUGCUUUUUUUACGAUAUACUUUGCAUAAACUACACGCAAUUGCCUUUGUUUUUAUGUAAAUUUAAAGACUUGUUACCGUGGUAACCAAGUAAUUGCUACGUGACAGGCACAUCACGGAUGUCACGAUUUGUCAUCAUAUUCUAGCUUGCGUUUCCAGUCCCUGUCUUCUGGAUUGUCUAUGGUGUGGGUCAGGGAACCGAUCAAUUGUGAUUUCUUGUUUCUUUAACACUGAAACACCGUCACAGACAGUGCACCCGACAAGAUCGAACGUGGUCACGUUCCGUAGUUACGAACCUAGUUACGUAGUCACGUAGAACGUAGCCACGCAGUCAGGUAGCCACGCAGUCACGUAGCCAGGUAGCCACGUAGUCAGGUGGCCACGCAGUCAGGUGGCCACGCAGUCAGGUGGCCACGCAGUCAAGUGCCACGCAGUCAGGUAGCCACGCAGGCAGGUGGCCACGCAGUCAGGUAGCCACGUAGUCAAGUGGCCAACGUAGUCAGGUAGCCACGCAGUCAAGUGGUUACGUAGUCAGGCAGCCACGCAGGCAGGUAGCCACAUAAUCAGGUGGCCACGCAGGCAGGUGGCAACGCAGUCAGAUGGCCACGCAGUCAUGUAGCCACGCAGUCAUGUAGCCACGCAGGCAGGUGGCCACGCAGUCAUGUAGCCACGCAGUCAGAUGGCCACGCAGUCAGGUAGCCAUGCAGUCAUGUAGCCAUGCAGUCAGAUGGCCACGCAGUCAGGUGGCCACGUAGUUAGGUGGCCACGCAAUCAGGUGGCCACGCAGUCAUGUAGCCACGCAGUCAGGUGGUCACGUAGUCAGGUAUUGGUCCCUUGCUUGCACUCGGGGUGGAAGAAAAUCAUCAUACCUCUGCUGGUGUGACAAAUCGUGGUGAUUUAGUAUGUAACACAACUUUUUGUUUUUCUGAUAUAAGUGUUCAUCAAGUUCUAAACAACUUAAAACAACUAUAGUAACAUCCAAAGCUACUGGCGUAGACAAAAUUCCAGCUAAAGUUCUUAAAUUAUCUGCAGAUAUAAUUGCACCAUCUCUGACAAUAAUCUUUAACCAAUCACUACAUACUGGCAUAUUUGUCAAUGACUGGAAAUUAGCACGUGUGCAACCGAUUUAUAAAUCUGAGGAUCGAAGCAAAUGUAAGAAUUACCGUCCAAUUUCUAUUCUCCCAGUUGUAA